AUGUCCGACCACCUCUAUUGGCUUGAUUCCCGUACACCGACAAUCCAUUCGCACAUCACCGAGCCGUCCUUCCGCAACGAUCCUUUCGACGCCAGCGACCAUGGCCUUCCGUCCCUCGAGGAGAUCACGCAUAUGGUCCAGCGUGCUUUCGAUGAGGCUCUUCAAGAACGCGGAUAUAACUCGAUCGCCUACGCAGAGCCGGAGCCCGUAUACGAACCGCCUUCGUCCCGCGACGUUGCUCGCUCAAUCGAGCCAAACAUUUCCACACCCGAUACGUUCAUAUCUGUGUCCGCCGCCGUCAUCUACGACGUCCUUGACGAUUUCGUUGCCGAUCAGUCUCACCUCGCGCCGAUCGUCUCCAUCGCCGGAUACAACGACUUCAAGCGCCAAUUCGACGCGCUCACCGACCCGCUCGUGUCGCUCAGCAUUCUUCAGCCACACGUACGCGACGCGUACUUCGCCGACGCACUUCAGCUCUCGCCUUUGGACCACGCUGUAAUAUACACCGCGCUCGCCUCAAUUGCUCCGGACGCGGACCAGUCAUAUCCGAUGGAUCUGGUAGACGCCGCUGUCCGCCAGUAUUUCGCACAGGUCGCUGAACCCGACUCGGUACAAGAGUCGCUGCACGCAUACGUCAACGAUCCGGACGUCUUCGCCGCCCGUUCGCCUCCGUCAUGCCCGCUCUUCAACGUUGCCAUCUCGGACUCGGCAACUCAAGACGACGAUUUCAUUCUGCAUCCGCACUCAGGUUCCUACACAACAUACACCGCAACAGGUCUAUCUGCGCGCGGAUGUCAGCUACGGUUGCCAUGCCCAUCCCCGCUCGACUUACCUACUACGCAAUGCACCGACGAUCUUCCUGCUCCGUAUACGCCAUACGUUCCGCCAUAUACGCCCGAUUUCGACCGCUCCGACGCGCCCGACCGCACGUUUCCGCCGUACGAGCCACCACCGAUUUCGUUGAAGCCGCAGCUAUGUCUCGGCCAGCCGCAACCGUCGCCGCCCGCCCUGCCAUAUGUUCCGUCCGAGUCCGUCCCGUCGCCGCACGGGUUGUUUAAGCACGGAGCUCCCCGUUCGUCGUUGGGGUCGCCAAAGUCGCCGAUUGAAGUGGCGCCCGAUCCCAACGUCGUGGACACGGAUCCGACGGUCAAGAUGUCGCCCAAUCAAGAUCUGGUCGAGCACGCAGUCGCGUUGCCGCCCGUUCGAGACGCCGACCCGCUAUCGUUGAAGGAUUUUCACCCCCAAGACUUCGCCGUGUUCCAGUCAGUCCAGCCUCUUCUCCAGUCGCACGGACCCGAGCCGCCAGAUUCGUCGUUCGCUGUGCCGCCCAGUCCCGCUAUCGUCGAAGAUACCGUCGUGCCGCCAAGGAACGCUCCGUCAUCGCCUCAAACCGAGUACACCGCCGCCGAGGAUAUCUGUGUUUUGCCGCCCGAGAUCCGUCCGUCGACGAAGCCAUACUCUGACGAUUACGCCGCCUCGCUCAAGUCCGUUCCGUGCUUGUCGCCGAGAAAGCCAGUACGCGCGAAGCCUGCGCCCAGUCCGCCCGAUGUCACCGUCGAAAAUACCGGUCCAGAGAUAGUCGCCGACUCCCAGCGCCAGCCCGUCAUGGUGGUUCAAGACGAACCGCGUUCUGCGCCGCUCCCGUCGCUUUCCCCGCGUUCGGAAUUCCCCAUCGUUGCCUAUUCGUCGCCGCCCUCCCGUCCGUCGAUGGUGGACAUCCUGGCCACCGCGUAUCCCGCCCGUUCGCCCCGCCGCUUGCCCUUGCAUCUCGCUCUACGCCCUCGUCGGGUUCCGCCGCAUUUCCGCUUUCGCCACAACGUGCUACGCGCGCGUAGCAUUUCCGCGCCUCGCGUACGCGCCCCGGGUUCGGACCCGCCGUGUCAACCGGGCUAUCCGCUCAACAUCAACGCGCCGCCGGUAACGUCGCCCCUCCCGUGCUAG